AUGGUCGAUCCAGCCUUUCACCCAUUCUCACGCUUGCCGUUCGAGAUACGUGAGAUGAUAUACGUGGCCUCGAUCCAGCCUCGUAUCGUCGAAGUCAAGGAGAAGGCCGAGUGUCCUGGGGGAUUCUUCAAGCGAUUUCGCACAACCAUUUUCCCCCAGGGUUUCCAGCUCGACCCAUCGAUUGCGCACUUCGCUCCGGGAUGGCGGCACGAAUUGCCGCUCGAAGUCGACAAUCAAACUGCCCUUGAGGACUACGGUUUCACCAACAGCAAGCCCACGCGGAAGCCUUGGGUGCCUACCGCUGAGUGCCCAGAGAUUCCGCUCAACUGGCUCAUAGAGCAGCCAGUAGUCGCCUACGAGUUCAUGCGACGUAGUGAGCUCUUCAGCCGAGCACCACUACCAGCACUGCUCCACACGUGCCGCGAGUCCAGGAACACGCUGCAAUCACACGGCUACGAACUCGCCUUCGGGACACGCUCGAGCUCGGCCAUGACGUGGUUCAACCACAAGAUCGACACCGUGUACUUGAGACAGAUCCAGGGCGCUGGUCCUCACCGCUACUCGCUCAUGGGCGGCCAUUUCUAG